CCUGAACCGAAUGAGACAGUUCUUAUAUACCAUCUCAUUACAGUCAUUUAACAAUUUUGAUUGUAAAAAAAAUCACUUAAUAUCUCUCAGGGUCAUUUAUUUAUUCACGACAUUAAAGUUCCGUCGUAUUAAUGUCUUUCUUCAUAUAUCUUUAGUAGAUUGGAAACUUGUACUUAUUUUUAUUAUAAUUAACAGCAUUAACUUUUUUAAUUUUGUCAGUUACCUUCGGUUACAUUUCAAAACGACAUUUUAUACCUAUGAAGCGUUUCUUUAAAAACUUCAAAAGACACAUUGGAGAGCUCGCUGGAUCAGAAGUCCCAAAUGCUUGAGAGAUUAAGUUUGAAUAUAUAUAUAUCUUUCUACUGGGAUUGAAGUAAGUUGAUAAGCCAAUUUCAUUUUUAAAAAAUCUCCAUAAUCACAAUCUUUAAUGUAUCAAGCUUAAUAUUUUUUUUCAAAUUUAAGUUAAAAUUAUUCAUUCAUCUUUAAUGUCUGAGGUUUAACUUCCUAGGUUUCUCACUAAAGGCAGUUUCACCCUCUGGCGACAUCAUCGGUGUUUGCCUCAAUGGAGUCGUGAACAGAUCAGACGACAAAGAAGAAAUGGAAUGCAUCGACCCCAAGUUCCGCAUAACCCAAGACCUGAUCGAUAAGAUUGACAUCGAAGCGGACAUAUUCGGAAGAUUUCCGGACGUCGAUAAGCUCAUAGAGAUCAGAGUAGUUUCUGUAGACGAAGCGUACAGAGGUCAAGGCAUCGCAAAAGCGCUUUUGGAUGAAACCAAGAGAAUAGCUUGUGAAAAUGGUUUUCAAAUGAUUAAGACAGAUGCCACUUCUCACUUUACGGCCCUCGCAGUAAGCAAACUUGGCUACAAAUGCAUUUACACCCUCAACUACGCAGAUUACAAAGAUGAAGAUGGCAAAGUUAUCUUCACUCCUGAGGCUCCUCACACAUGUGUGAAGACAUUAGUUUACCAACUUAACUAAGGCAUAAUAUAUUAUUCCAGUUCCUUUAUAUGUAGCUGUAAAUAACAGUUAUCUGAUAUUUAUAAUUAAAAAAUAACUUCAAAUGUAUUUCAAAAUUUGUUUUAUUUUAAAUAUUUUUUCCUUGGAUGAUACUACACUAACUAUAAUAAUUAAUCAUAUAC